AUGAGCUGCGUCUGCGAGUAUGGGUACUCCGGCCCUGGGAACACCCAGUGUGAGCCCUGUCCUCCUGGGACCUACAAGGACACGAGGAGCAUGGCGGCGUGCACGGCCUGUCCCACGGACACCUACCAACCCAACACCGUGGCCACUAACAUAAGCGAGUGCCUCCGGUGCCCCUUGCAUUCGGUCUCACAACCCUCCACGGGUUCGAUUGGUGGGUGCCUCUGCAUCCCAGGUUAUUACAGGGAGGGAGACGCUUGCUCAGCGUGCCCGAAGGGUUUUUACACCGACCAGUACAACCUCGCGGCAUGCAUCGAGUGCGGCCCGAACCACAUGGAUGGGGGUAGGCUAUCAUGCGAUGCGUGCCCGAUGGGUCAGUACAAGGCGGGUCCCGGGAAUUACAGCUGUACCACCUGCCCCGAGAACACAUACGCAGACGCCCUUGCCAGCACGGGAUGCUCCUCCUGCCCGCUGAACUCGAUAUCGACAUCCGGAUCCAGCUCGGAGUGCGAUGCCUGCCCUCCGGGCAAGUUCAAGGCGAGAGACGGGAGCACGGAGGCAUGCCAGGAUUGCCCAACCGGGUACUUCCAACCCCUCUCGGGCCAGGCCCAGUGCCUCCCAUGCUCCGCCGUGGGCCUGUACACCACCACGGUGGGUCCUGGCACCGCCUCUCCUUCAGAA